CCGGGACUGGCUGCACUAGCAAACGCAAAAAGUCAUCAUCAUCAUUCUCUCAGUGACUUCCUCUCUGCCCUGCCUGCUCUGCUGGCAACGACUGCUCGACUUCUUCUCACUGCCUCGAGUCCUACGUCGCCUUGCCACGGUCGAAGUCGAGCCAAGGCACAGGCCUUGAACACCAGAGAGGGAAAAAAAAGAUACAUCUUGACCAGCAUCACUCUACCUAGGUACCUAAGGUUGUCCGACCCGGACGCUACUUCCUAAUACCCAGACCACCUCACACACACACACAUCCACCCACCCACCCACCUACCUAAUAACCCAGACGUCCGAUUCGACCCGCCAGUUCGCCGUCGUCUCGUUUCCCGCAUACCUCUUUACUCUUCUCCAUCUUGGAGCAUUCGCCUGAUUUCUCUCCAUCACCUCAAACCGCACCAGCCGACGACCGCCACCUCGAAACGAGUGCCCUCGCACCAAACUCCGCUGCAAAGGAAAUCCAUCUUGCGCAUCUCUGGCCAACAAAAACAAGAGUCUUUCUUUGCUCUACCUCUCGCCUGCUUUCAUACCCGUUGAUCGUUGACUCGAGCCCGCGCAACAACUUCGAGGAACAAACCCCGUCCCUCUUUUCCCCUUUGGUGAGUGGUUUCCCUGUCAGUCCGCUACAACCCCUGCGCAAAAAAAGCCGCGAGACAUUUAACCGCGCCGCCGCCCAUACCCAAAAAUUUAUUUUCCCUGUCUUUCCCGUUGGCCUCUCCCCUGACACUGCGGCGCCGUUCUUCAACCCAUCCCUUUGCGACACCGUUCCUACUGAGGCUUCUCAACCGCGCCUCUGGUCUCGAACAUCGCCUUGAGAAGACCUGAACUGAUUUUUCCCUUCUUCCAGAAAGGAUCAGAAAUCUCUCGACCGGCCUUUUUCGCGCGGCACUUUCCUCUCGACCUCUCAGACAACAACUGUGGCCAACCGGGUUUCAUCUCCCUCAACCACAAGCAUCACCAUGUCCUACUACGAGAACAACCCGCAAUGGUCCAAUCCCGGCCAGAACAACUGGGAACACCAAGCGCCUCCUGCCCGUGCUGGUGAGUCGGCCCAGUUGUCGCAACAGCACCAAAUCGCAAAACCAGACGCCGGAAUUGACUCGAGGUUCUCGCCAACAGGUGCCAGCGGCCCAACGCCCCAGGACGACUUCGCAUUCUUCUACCAAUUCGAGGAUGUGGUGCGGACACUGACUGCUAGGCCUACAGAGGUUGAUCGUGCGUACGAGAAUCUCGCCAAGGGCGGGAAGUCAUACGGCAUGGGCGGUCGCGGACGUGAGUACCCAACCCCUGGUGGCCCCAAGAUGGGUCCCGCCGGUCAUGGUCCCGCCAGAAAAUCCCUCGACUUCACCGGACGCAUGGGAGCCGGAGCCGGUCCCGGACCCAGACCGCACUCGAUGAACCAGUUCGAUGAUGCCCGAGGCCACCCCAACUCGAACCUCCAGAACUUUUACGCCUCCCAGCGCCACCAGCCCUCCCGAGGCUCCAACGACGCGGAACAGAUGAUGCAGGCCAAGAGAAGGAUGGCCGCCCAACGGGAGCGGGAACUGCGAAACCUGCACACUGAGCAGCAAUACCAACGAACCGUCGUUUCUGACAUCCCCUACGGUGCCAAGGCCAUGUCCGAGGAGGAGACUCGCGACUUGAUUGCUCGUCAGCGGAGCGCCUUGUAUGGCGAGGGUCCGUUUGCUGAGAAGGCAGGCUAUGUCGACGAGAACGGAGUCGUGCGCACUGGCGUUCCGACCCAUAGCGGCCCCUCCAGCCUGCGUGGUCAAUCUCCCUUGACCUACGAUCCGGCUCGCGGCCCGCCUCCUCACGGUGAUGCUCAUACUCCCGUUUCGGCUACUGAUGCCGGUCCCGGGCCCAUUGCUGGACCCCCGGGCGAACAAGGCUCGCGUGGUGGCAGCAUCGCCAGCCCUCAGCCUAACGCUCCGAGCAACAACAAGAGUGCGUUCGAGUCCGCGGUCAACCAGGCUGCGGCCCGCACCAACAACUCUUCGCCUGGCGGCUCCCCGCCGCGUCAGGAACUCCCGGCCGGAGCCAAAUCGGGCCAGACCGUUGCUCCCAUUGGCACUCGACCUUCAGGAAACCAGGCUGGAGCCUCGAACCCGUCCUCGAAGAGAUCUACCACACCAUUGGCAUCCCCUGGCGGUUGGGGCCGUGGAAAUGGGGUGUGGGGCCCCCAGUCUUCCGGCCUGAGCCAGCCUCCCGCGAGCGUCUGGGGCUAGAAGAACUCGACGCCUUGAACCGCAUCACGUCAUUUGGAAACGUUGGCGCAAUUAUGGAAUUGAACAGGAAGAGAAUGAUGGUUAGGAGGUUUGCGCGGGUGGGGUUUCAGCUUGAUUUCAACAUCGAUUGAUUUUCCACGGUCACGGAAAACUUGAUAUAUACCUCGGUCUCGACACGGUACUCGGAGUGAGGGUGUCCUUCGGCAUCUUUUGAGGAGUUUUCUUUUUACACCAUAAGCAGGGGCCGAAUCCUGCAACCUCGGAGUCGAACAGUAUUGCUACGGGGUAAAAGGAGAUGCAUGUCAAAGGAACACGAAAGAGGGGGUCAGCAGUUGUUUAGGGUGUUGGCAGGGAGAUCACAGCGUCAAGGAACUGUUUCGGGUGAUCUGGGAAAUUCAGGCGACUGUGAACACGGAGCAGGGCGAUUCAUUUUUCUGUUCUUUUGGGCAGUUGUCCGUUCGGGCUGGGCAUGGAAUGAUUCGGGUGCCAAAAGCGUCGGAGGGCAACCUAUGAUUCGAAUUGCAAGCAUACAAUACGGCGUGGGCGUGUAUUCCGACAUCUGGUUUGACUCGAAUGGGUUGGGACUGGGAAACGCACAUCCGGGGAGUUGGUACAAAGCACACAAGACGACUCUUCUUUUCACACGGCGAAAAAAAUCACACAAAAAAUCAGGGAUUUGGGGAAUCGGGGUGUUUCUGGAUUCUUACUUUGGGGGGGAUCCGUUUUUCCUUGUCUUCCUGCUAUGGGGGUUCUUACACCGGAAGGUUGCGCCGCAGGAGUUCUUCACUUGCCUUUCCAACCCUUGACUGCUUCUGGGACACCGGGACGGUCAGGGCUAUAAUGAGGUUUCGUGAUUCUUUUCGACACGGAAAAGAAGAGGGAAACUUGGCCGCAUCAAGAGAGGGGAUUUGGUCAGGAAAGAUGCGGAUUAGAUCAUCAACAUGGGUUUGCGUUGGAGACGGAUCGGAUGGGACUGUUUUUUCUUCAUAGUUUUGUUUUGGCAUGCACGCUUCGCUCAGGACAGAGCAGCAACCUAAUCAAAAAAAUACAUGGAUUUUGGUUUCCCCCCAAGUUUUAUCUGGCCUCUGAAUGUUCGUGCUCGUAUGCUGAAGUUGAUGAUUUGCUGGGGAGCAAGGAGUGACGGGAGAGCAUAAUCCUCAAAGGUCUAGG